AAUAUCAUGAGUUCAGUUCGAUCUUCUUGGUGGAAUUUUACUAUCAUCAGAUACAAGAAUUCUUGUCUGAACUUUGAUUACAACUACUGAAUACGGUGCGGAUAAAUUGAAAAAGGAUUAAGUUUCCGAUAGCUUUUACACCCCGUCUUGGCUACGAUUUAGGAAAUUAUGGAACUGUACAAGAGAAUACCCGCGAACGCGUAUAGAAACACCGGAUUGUAUCGUCACGGUGAGUUCUGCUCUAAUUGUGGACAAAACGAAUCCGAGGAUUUGCCGCGCAAUGUUGUGAUGCAUAAAAGGAGAACGAGAACCUAUGAGAAGCAUUGUCCUUCGUGUCACUGCCCGCCUGAGAGACGAAGGUUCUCUUCGCCUGGUAAACCAAGGACUUUGGAAAACGUUGAAGCGAUGAUAGAUCAAUGUGAACAUGUUUUCGCGGAACCGAUUAGCUCGGCCAUCAAGAAAUCGCAGAGUAGUCCCUUGACGCAGAAACUAUAUUGGCACGAUUAUCAAACAGAUGCUCAUCCUCGUUGCACCAAAAGACCGUUGCAGACUCGUCGUCAGCGGAGAUUCGAGCAUGAUAAAUAUUUGUUUAGAACGAAGGGAGACGCUGCGAACUCAGAACUGACCAACGAAGAUAUCGUGGCUUGCUGCAAGUAUGCACGAGCGAUACCCGUCAAGAGCUCACUAAAAAAACACCAUCAUUGCAAACAGCUUGAGAGAUCGCCAGACGAGCGAGAAUGUUCCGAUGCUGAGAGUGAGGUGUCGAUGAAAUAUAUCCCACGUGCUGUUCAGUCGAGGAAGUCGCGCGUGCUGGAUCCUGAACUGAGGCGUCGCUAUGUUGGCAUCGGUGACGGUGAAUAUGUCGCGGAAACGAGAAACGAAAGUGAUGUCGAGUCUCAGGAGAUGAGGAACCUCGUUUUGAAUCUCGAAGACUUGGAAAAAUUGAAGCGAGGAGACGGCGAGGCAACGAUAAGUGAGGAUGACAAGAGACUCGAGAGACGGAGACCUGAAAAUGUCGCGAGAAUGAUGAAAUCGAGAAAGACUGGAGAUGCAACGAGCAAGUCAUCCACCUUGAUCGAUCAGUCAAUUAAUAGACUCAGGGAACCCGAGCGUCUAGCAAAGCUGGAUCUCCACGCUACUAAAACUCGCAUUCUGGAAUCGAUUGACCGUAUGCUUGGUACCAAGGAUGACACAAAAAAUGAUGUGCCUGUGCAGCAGGAACAAACGGAACCAGAGAGCCUCGAGAAGAUAACUCGAGAACUUCAGGAGAAUGGUUGGCAGUUAUUGUUCAACGGUCUAACGAUCCAUAGAGAUUCCACUAGUAGACGGAUCGUUCGUCUGGAUUGUCUGAAUCAUAUUCGCCAGCAACUUGACAAACUGUACGCUCUCGAAUCGACUUUGGACAAUUGUCCGCCUAAGCUGCAGUCUCUGUCGAGCUGCGAUAUGCCGCGCAAUGAGGAACGUCAACAGUCGCAGCAUCAAUUGGAACAGAAAACUGCGGAUUCUUAAAUGUGCUGGAAGUUUGUACACAUAUUUUUUUAAAUAUAUAUUUAAGCACCAUCAUAAAUUCUGAAGAUCCAUGAUGCAUUGAUUGUGCAAACGAUAAAAUAUGUAAAAUCUGUAUAGAUUAUAUAUAUAUAUAUAUAUAUUUUUAUACAUCAUGGAUAUGUACAGAGUGCUGGGAACUAAUUGCGAACGCAAAUAUCAUCGCGCGUUAAGAGCACAGACCGUAGAAAUAUAUAUUAUUGAAAUAUCUAUGUCUAAUGUAACUUAAUUUAAACAUAUGAAAUUUUAUAAACAAAUAUUAAUUCGUAAAACCUCUAGUGUUAUUACUUACUCAUGAUUUUCAAAAUUAAAACCAAGACUAGUCGUUUCCUUCAGAUCGAGAUCAAUUGGUAGCAAUAGCUUUAUUGUUGAAACUUUUUAAGUACAUUAGAGUACAUAACUAAUCUACUUUUUUCCCGCUUUCAAGCUAAACAAGGUAUGUGUAAUAUUAAAUUGUUUCCACUCGGUACAUAGCUCUCCUUGCGAUGAAACGUGGCGCAUAAAUUUAUUAUUACUAUAUAUAUAUAGAUAUAUGUACGUUAGGCUCUUUCUAACUCUUUGUAUUUACUACGCACGUAUACUCUCAAUAUACAUACAUAUAUAUAUGUAUAUAUAUUUGCCAAA